AUGUAAAGAUCAAUUGGUUAUAUAAAGAAUAGAACCAAAGAAUUGUAAUUGAAGAAAUAAAAAUACAAAUCUCCAGAUCUAUAUAGUAGUCGAAGAAUAUACAAACUGCCUCCUAAAUGGGUGGACAAAAUGGAAGAAACUAGAGACACUAUUCAAAAAGUUGGGAUUCUAAAUUAAGAGAUUGAGAAGUUAAAGACAUCAAAGGAUGUUGGACCUAAAGCUUAAUUCAAUGAAUAAGUAGUACAAGGAAAACUUGAUUAAGCAUUACAGGUUUAAUUCUGAGU